CCGCCCUUUUUUUUGCCCUCCCGCCAUCGUCAACUUCGCUCGCUUCACCCAGCUUCGCUCCUUUCCUUCCGCCCUUCCUCAGCGCACCCGUCGCCUUCUCCGGAGCCCAUUCCCGCCUUCCCCUCCUCGCUGCAACAAUCUGUGCUGCCAGCAGCCGGCCAAUUCCACUCUACUUUGCUCAACUCCGCUCCGCUGCAGCCCGUCGCUCACCUGCGCCUCAAGCAGCCUCCUCCACCCCCCGUGCGGCGACCUCCACAACACCAUUCUCUCUCCACUCUGAGAACCCCCUCUUGCUGCCGACGAACACGCGCGCCUUUCUCGUGAUUGCCUCCUGAGCUGGGCACGCUUCAGCGCCAAACUCGGCCGGCGCACGUGCGGGCGCAAUGGCUGCACAGCGGGAUCUGGGGAAGGCGCUCGCGAAGAAGGGCGGCUUGACGCUGGCCCAGCUGGCCAGCUAUGACGAUGUGCUCACAGAUGCAUUGGUAGAUCGCGUCUACUUCUGGGCCACGAUCCGCAAAAACCGCCCCCGUUUCUCGCCCUCGCGUGGCAUCCAGGAGGAGGAGGUCGCCUCCAUUCUGCGCGACUUCGUCAUCGUCGAAAAGGACCCAAAGCGCGCCACGGACGAGAUUCUCAAGCUGGCCGGCAUCAGGAAGUACGUCGAUCGGCUGAAGACGCCGGACGAGAGAGAGCACUUUCAGCGCCACCUGCGCAAGUACGUCAACAUCUACCUUCCGGAUUGUCCCUUUGAGGUUUCCACCACGAAUCGCUACACGAUUGACACUCAUGAAGCCUGCGUGAUGGCGCGCAAAGACAUCCGCAAGGGCGAGGUCAUCAAGUAUCUUAGUGGCAUACAGGUCGCCAUAACCGAAGAAGAGUUCAAGGCCCUGUCGCGUGACGAUGUUCGACUCGACUUCAGCAUUGUGCACUCCAGCCGGAAGAAAACACCCAGCCUCUUCCUCGGCCCGGCGCGGUUUGCAAACCACGACUGCAACGCAAACGCACGCCUAAGCACGACAGGCAGCCACGGCAUGCAAAUCAUCGCCACGCGGGACAUCAGCGUUGACGAGGAGAUCACCGUGACGUACGGCACCGACUAUUUUGGCGAGGACAACUGUGAGUGCCUCUGCGUCACGUGUGAGAGAUUGAGAAGGAACGGAUGGGCGGUGCACGCUGGCAGCGGGAAAGAGGACGAAGAAAGCGAAGAAAAGGAGCAAGCUGAGGAUUUGGAGCAGGAGCAGAAGGUGUCCGUCGCUGAGAAUUGCGAUGGGCAGCGGAAGCGAAAGUCCUCUGCUUUGCACGAAGACGACCUCCUAACUGGUCCUUCUACACCCGGGAGCGCAUCUAAGCGUCAGAAGUUGACCACACCCGAUCGUGACACGAACAGCCGCCAAGCGACCCCGCGCGGACGUCGCACUGUUCGAGAGGUGAAGGUUAAGUCAGAGAGCACGUCUGCCCAGCAGUCGCUCAGAGACCUGCCCGCUGGCGCCCCACAAGCCGAGUCACAUAUCUCGAUGGACGUUGCGGCGCUGCCGGACUUGCACCAGCAGAGCGGCUGCCAUACCCGCACUCGGUCGCUCCGUGCAAGCUCUGGCGAAUCGGGCGACUCCCGCUCCAGCUCGACCGCCGCGUCCUCGGUGUUUUCGUCCAGGUCGCAAGGCACUGGUGUCACCUCGGACGGCGAGAUCAUGGACAGCAUCGUGGUCAAAGUCCUCGGGGACGACUUCAUUGCGGUAGAUGCGGCUACCACAACGGCUUCCGCAGCUACGACGACGCAGACGUGUCCUACCACCGUCAGCGUAACAACAACCGCUGCUACUAGGUGUACAACAGAUAUCAAUGCCGAGGUCACGGCAACGGCAGGGCAGGAGCAGAAUGCGGACGAAGAUCUAUCCGACGGCGAGCUUACGACCCUUUCUCAAUUUUCAGUUGACGAGUCGUCCGGCAUGGCGAUCCGGCUCUCCGAGCGACUCAUCAAAAAGAGGAAGAAGUGGAACCGCGAGCUGGCCGCUCUGCGCGAGGGAUCCAUGGAGCGCUCACUGGUUGAAUACCUCGAGGAGCCUGCCGUUGCGGUUCUCUCGACCGAGACGGACGUGAGCGCCGGAACCGACGGCCCAGGGCGACACCCAGGAGACUACACCAUGACGCGCCGACUUCUCUCUGGCCCGUACAGCCGCUGGGUCGAGUGCCAAACUUGCGAUGCAAUGUUCGUCCAGGAGGACGCUUAUCUGACCCGCAAGGAGUGUCCCCGCUGCGAGCGACAUUCCAAGCUGUACGGCUUCGCGUGGCCGAAGACUGAGCGUGAGGGCAAGUGGGACACGGAGGAGCGGGUGCUGGAUCACAGGACGGUGCAUCGCUUCGUGGAGCCGAGCGAGGAGCGCAAGAUCAAGAAGGGUGGUAGGAAGAGCCUGCAGAUUGAGGCUCUCCGGGCCAGGGAAAGCCUCGAGCGCACCAGGAGUGUGAGCCAAACGGGCACCCCGGCAGAAGGGAGCCCUCGGCGGAGUGGAAGAAGGCGUGCCAGAAGCAGACUGACCAGGUGACGAGGACGUUGACGAUAGCCCCCACCCGUGUUGUGCCGGACGAGUGCUUCGAGGUAUCAACCACGUGCGACCGCAUGGGAGGCCCGACUCUCACGCAGUUUUUGUCGCCUUCGCCUCUCCUCGUCGAAUCCACUUUUCAUCUUCAUUAACCCCAUCUUCCAAUCCUUGGCAUCGUCGCCGACCUUGUCGCUUGACUUGUAAAAUAUAUAUAUAUAUACACCUCUGCUCAGCGCGGCGUCAUUAUACUACCUUCUCAUCGC